AUGCGUUCCAACAACCUCCGCUCUCUUGCGCUUCUGACAGCCAUCGCGGCGACAGUCGCUGCUGAGAGCACCGUGUCGCUGUUCCUGCCCUACGCUGACCCCCAGAGCCUUGUGGCAGAAGUCCUCGGCAGUAGCGGCUCUGCGACCACCUACGUCGUCAACUGCGCCUCUACCGAGCAGGACUGCGGUAUGCCCUCAGGCGGUUUCACAGUUGUCCAGGGCGCCUCGACGAUGCAGCAGGCGUAUUCUUACGAUGACUACUACGUCUCCCUCGGCUGCAAACUCGGCGGCACCACCUCCAUCUCCUGCCUCGUAUCGCAGACGGACAGCUCCACAACCCGUGUGACUGCCAGCGCCAUGACCGAGGACAUCGGCUCUCUCUUCCUGCCCGUUGUGGUGACCGGCACUGCCUCCGCCGGCGCCCCUGCCACCACUGGAGCAUCUGCCACCGCGGGCACGGCUUCGGCGACCGCCACUGGCUCCGCGAGCGCUACUGGAAAGAUUACCCUGGCCACGUCGGGCGCAUCUGCGACGAGCGGCGCCCAGGCCACUGGCUCUUCGGCUUCGGCCUCGGCGUCCCACAGCUCCAGCGGAAACGCUGCCAUGCCUCAGAUCACCGGCAAUGCCAACUGGGCUAUUGGGGGUGCUGCUAUGGCUUUGGCCCUGGCCAUGGCUUAA